CAGGUGCGGCUUUAGAAAUAGGCGAGAGGCAGCAGCCCCUCCCGGGCGGCCAGGCUGAGGCGAGGCGGGGGCGAUGACGUCACUGCGCCCGCGGAAAGAGCCGAGAAUUGCCGAGGGGAGCCGAGUGGCUGCGACAGGUGUCAUGCCUUUGUGGAUCAGCACCUUGUCUCUUGUGCGGCUGCUGCCCCUCAAGCAAGAAUUCCACAAUAACCCGCCUGAGCUUCACUUUCUUCCUCUUCCUGGGCACACUGGUGUCUAUUAUCAUGAUUAUCCCUGGAGUAGAGGCAGAACUCCACAAGCUCCCUGGAUUCUGUGAAGGAGGAAACACACUUCCAUACAUCCAAGGCCAAGUCAACUGCAAGUCCUUCCUGGGUCACAAAGCAGUGUACCGAAUGUGCUUUGCAACAGCUGCUUUCUUCUUCCUGUUUGGUUUAAUAAUGAUCUGUGUGAAGAGCAGCAAGGACCCCAGAGCCUCAAUACAAAAUGGGUUUUGGUUCUUCAAGUUCCUGAUUCUGGUUGGAAUAACUGUGGGUGCCUUCUAUAUUCCUGAUAAGCCAUUCUCACAUGUCUGGUUCUACUUUGGUGUGGUUGGCUCUUUCCUCUUCAUCCUCAUCCAGCUUAUCCUGUUGAUUGACUUUGCCCAUUCCUGGAGUCAAAUUUGGCUGCGAAAUGCAGAUGAAGGCAAUAGCAAGUCCUGGUAUGCAGGCCUCUUUUUCUUCACUUUCCUUUUCUAUGCAGUCUCCAUUGCUGCUGUGGUGCUCUUGUAUGUGUAUUACACCAAGUCAGAUGGCUGUACAGAAGGCAAGGCAUUGAUCAGCCUUAAUCUCAUCUUUUGCGUGAUUGCGUCCAUAGUGUCCAUUCUGCCCAAGAUCCAGAAUGCUCAGCCCCACUCUGGUCUCUUGCAAGCUUCCAUCAUCACGCUCUACACCAUGUAUGUCACCUGGUCAGCCUUGGCAAAUGUACCAGACAAACACUGCAACCCAACCCUGCUGGUACGAAUAGAGGGCAACCAGAAUGGUACUUCUGUCAGCGAACAGCCAACUCAAUGGUGGGAUGCCCCAAGCAUUGUAGGAUUGGUCAUAUUCUUUCUGUGUACACUUUUUAUAAGCAUCCGUUCCUCUGACCAUGCCCAAGUGAACAAGAUGAUGCUGACGGAGGAGAGCCCAGCCAUGCUGGGGGGUGGGAGCCCUGGCCCUGAAGAUGGGGUGCACCGUGCUUAUGACAACGAGGAGGACGGAGUGUCUUACAAUUACACCUUCUUCCACUUUUGCCUCCUCUUGGCUUCCCUUUACAUCAUGAUGACACUCACCAACUGGUACACACCUGAUGAAACCUAUCAGAACCUGAACAGCCCUUGGACUGCAGUCUGGGUGAAGAUUUCAUCUUCCUGGGUUGGGCUUUUUGUCUAUUUGUGGACACUGGUCGCCCCUCUUGUGCUUCCAGACCGUGACUUCAGUUGAAAGAUAUAAAUUACACUUCCACCACUGAAAUUAUGCAAGCGGAAGAUUGGGUAUCUGUAGGAAAUAAUGCAGGGAGCCCUUGGUCCCUUUAAUUUCUGGAAUCGCCUCUGGUGCCUCUGAAAACUCAGCCCUUUCUGAGUUUCCCCUCCCAUUCCCAUUUAUGUUCAGGCAGAUCUACAGCUCUCAUGCCAUUCUUUACUUCUCCUUUCCUCCCCUAAUGAAAAUGUCACAGUAAACUGUUACACUUGGUGGUAUGAUGGAGAGGAAAUGAAUAUAGUUUAGUUUCAGCUGAUAAAGACCUGUAAACAUAUAGUGAUGAUGGAUCUUAAGGAGCAAAAAUAUUUGCUGAUUUUUCCCUAAAAGAUGUUCAAGAUACUUUAAUAAAAACAUGCUGUUUUAAAGAA